UUGGAGUCGGGCCGAAUUAGACUCGCUACAUGUGUUUUGUGCAAGCAAUGUCAAAAGUAUCGUGAACUCUGACGAUUUUUGCGUUCACCCGAUUGCUGAGCGUGCACUUAUUUAUUUACAUCCAAGCGAAAAAUGGGCCGGUCGCUGGCUGAGCGUGGUGGCGCGCGAAUGCUGCAUUUUUUAGAUUCCAAUACACUUGGAAAGUUGUAAUCGCGCUGCAAUAGGAGUGUGUUUAGUGUUUAUUUUUAUACAACGCUGUGAUUUAUUUUUAACAGUGAAAUUGUGUGAAUGUGAAAAUGCAUAGAUCGUCUCUUUGUCUUACGGAUGUAUUCUUAUGGAGUUUCGUGUUAUAUUUGGCGACUUACGUGCCCAGCAUUGAGAUGAGGACGAAUGACGAUGAAAUGCAAAAAUAUGUAGCUGAACAACCUCAAGCGUCAUCUCCAAGUCCAGAGCCGUUGACAACAGUGGAGGAGCAGAAGAAGCGCAACAAUAGUUGCUUCCACAUGCCUCGAUCUAAGUGCCCACCCAACGGCACUGCCUGCACUCGAAUCGACCCCGUCUCCGUGUUUUGCUGCGAUGUUGAUAGCUUUCGGUUUAAAGAGGCAUUGCAGAUAUUCAUUCUAGGACAAAAUACGUCGAAUCUACACGUGCUAAACGCGACGCUCGAUAAGCUCAACGUGUCCGAAGCGAUGUACAGGAGACUCGUAUCCAUGUCUUUUACUGACGGAAACAUUGGCAUGAUUGUUGGGCAAUUCCCAAAACACUCAUCAAUAGCCUGCCUUAACAUCUCGAACAACAAUCUCACAAGCAAAAAACUGGACCCCUCGAAUGAACGUCCUUUCGCCCAUCUCAUCUACCUCACGUACUUGGACGCAUCAGCCAAUAAUUUAACGGAGUUCCCUUUGAGCUUGGUACAGAGCAAUAGGAAGAUCACUGUUGAUUUCUCAGGCAACGACUAUAUCCCCUGCAAGCAUUUCCUGAAAGCGAUGGAAUCAAAGAUUGUUUAUUUCCACAACUAUGAGAAGACUCGAUGCGCGCUGGACGUACGUUACAACUGGUUUAUGGAGACCACCAUUGUCAAUAUCGACUACCUUCAUCAGCAGAAAGAGCUACACAAAAUGUGCAAAUUCAUUCGCCCCGAAAACAUAAAUUGCACAUGUUCGCUGGAGCGGCUUGAGCUGCUGACCGAGGAGGCCGUGAACCUCAUUUCCGUAGACUGCUCUCAACGCGGACUUAAAGAGAUGCCUACCAAUCUGCCCACGAAUACUGUCAAGUUAAAUGUGUCGCACAAUAAUAUCACGUCUCUCCAGCCAAUGAGCGACGAUCCGUCGUACGACCAGCUAAAACAGUUGAUCGUGGACUAUAACGACAUCACGAGCAUCGUGGAGCUCGAGGGGACCAAGUUUAUCGACAACUUCAUGCUUUUCUCCAUUACUCAUAACAAACUUAGCGCGAUUCACACGUACGUAUUGUCCAAUAAGUUUGAUAUGACGAACUCGUACACUACCUUCUCUAUCGCUGGCAACUACAUUCACUGUGAUUGUAACACCGAGAAGGUAUUCAAGCCGUGGCUGAUGGAGAAUUCGAAGAAUAUACCAGACUACAGGCACCUAAUGUGCGAAGAAAACACACCAGUAGUGGAUCUAUUCGAGUCCCAAGUGUGUCACGCGAAUCGGGAUUGGACAGACUAUAUCUACUACAUAAUAGCGUUAGAAGUGUUGGUACUGGUGCUGCUAAUAAGCAAAGUUUCAUAUGAUUAUUGGGUAUUUAAAACAGCUGGCUACUUGCCUUGGCCAGCAAACAAAAUGCCCAGGUUGCCUUGUGAUUGGUUGUGUGAAUGAGGGAACUGGGAGAGUAAUUUUUAUAGUCAUUUCUAUGAAUGGUUUUAAGAGGAAAAGAAAUAUGUACAAACGUGUUCUGCGUGGAAGAACAUUAUGGCCGAUGUGGUUUGAUACGAGUGUCCUUCCAUACAUUAUGCGCCAUUUAGAAUGGUUUAUUUAUAUUAAAAAAGACUAAAUUUGUAAAAUUUAUAUAAUUACAGUUAGUGACAUAAAAAACUUUUGUUUAAGUUGGAAUUAUAGUCAGUGAUUAUGCGUUUGGACCUCACAAUGCUGAAUACGGACCUGGUGAAGUGGCAGCUUAUUGAUGUGAUGAAA